AUGCACCAGGAGAUACACAGAAGCGUCAGCCAGCAGUUCAUAUGUGGGUAUGGACCCCAUCCUGCAAUUGCAAACCCUGUUUACGAUCCAGAAGCCAUUGAAUAUCAGCCACGGGCGAUAGGCUUUGGAUCGACAAUUGCACGACCGAAUUCAGCAUUCGAAGCCGAAGGUUAUGGACAUCCAAAUGAAGGAUACGUGCAAAGCGAACCUAUUACACCCGUUAUCAUGAGAGGCCAAGGACAGUCUAGAACUGACAAAGAAAGGCAAUCAAAAAGCGCUGACGAACCACAAAAAGCAAAGAACCACGAAAAGAAAAUUCCAGUUUUCACCAUUUUAAAAAGAAUUUUCUCUGCGUUGCUAAUUAUUGGAGACCUCUUCAUAGAUUGGACGUCCUUCGCUGAUGUGAUAAUGGGAACGACUUCUGAUGAAAAUUCACUAAAGAACAAUACAAAGUUUGUUUUUUCUUUUCCAACAAUAGACGAAGCAGUAGCUGUAAUAAACAACAAUAGAACAGAGAUAGGUGAAGGUGAGUUUUAAGUUUAACAUCUUUGCAUGUAGAAUUCUUCUGCAUCUAGUGGUUCAGAU